AUGGAGUAUCUCCAGGUGCUUCAGUCGCCCGUGGAUGACUUGAAGCCAUCGCUCUUCGAAUUGUUAUCCGAGCAACAACUAGCAGCCCUGCUCCCACCGACGCUACGAUAUCUUCUAGCCCUUGCCACCCACCGACAUCCUCGAUAUCUUCUUCGGAUCCUGAACAACUUUGAUGAAGUGUAUGCACUGCUCAGCUUGGUGGUGGAGAGGUACUACCUGAAGACCUUUGGGGGCAGCUUCACGGAGAACUUCUAUGGCCUUAAGAGAGAGAAGGUUUUGAGCGUCAAUGGCGGUGAGAUCAAAAGGACGCAAUUGGCAGUGCCCACAGAAGUUCGCGAACGAUUGAAGCUGGGCGGUCGAGAUAUCUGGAAGAACUUGGCUGUUCUCGUCGGCAUACCUUAUCUCAAGAGAAAGCUGGAUGAGAGCUAUGACAUACACAUUGCGCCGAGCGCAAGUUUACUCAUAGGUGGCGGCUUGGGAGGGCGGCGGUACCUGGAUCGAGACGCUCUUCCGCCCAACCCAACCGUCAAGCAAAGGCUGUUAUACUACUAUAAAUGGUUCCUGCGGAAUGUCUAUCCAAGUCUGAACGCAGCAUAUUAUUUCAGCAUUCUGGCUUUCAGCUUGGGCUAUCUGUUCGACGGCACCAAGUAUUCGAAUCCUUUCCUCUGGAUGAUCGGCACCAGGAUCAGAAGAAUGGGGUCGGCCGACUAUGGAGCGAUUGACGCUGCCAGGGAAGCAGCUGAAAAAGCCAUUGCAGCCGCUGGAAGGCCUGGACAAGGCUUGAGCGGUCUUUUCAACCCACGCACCUUGUACCCUCGCCUGCUUUCCAGCCUGAGGAUCCUUUUGCCGACUAGCAUAUUCGCCUUGAAGUUUCUGGAGUGGUGGCACGCCAGCGACUUUUCCCGUCAAUUGACCAGGAAAGCCGCUGAAGGGUUGGAACUCCCACCGCCGGUUGUCUCGGGCAUGGAACUGGUCCGCAGGCCCGUGUCAGAAUCGCAAGUGGUGCCCGCCAAAUCUCCCAACACUGCUGCAAAGAGAAGUCCACCAGUUUCGAGUAUAACGUACCUACCCAUUUUCACUGUUCCGCCGCCUCCAUCCAGCGACCUAUGUCCUAUAUGUCUCCAUCCGGUAUCCACUGCUGCCGCUUGUCAAACAGGAUAUGUUUUUGACUACAAGUGCAUAUUUCAGUGGAUAGAGGGUACGCAUGAACGGCAGGAAGCCUUCAUGAAAGGCGAGAAGAUGAGCGAAUGGGAUGAGGACGAGGAUCAAGAUCUGGAGCAGAAAAGAGACAAUUCGACAAGUAAGGAGCCGAAGAGCCGUGAGGGAAGCUGGGAAAGUGGGAAGGGACGCUGCGCAGUCACUGGACGGCGAGUCCUCGGAGGCACAAGCGGGUUACGCAGAAUCAUGGUAUAA